GCUAAAUAUUAAAUAGCUAUGCCUCACAGUCAUCACUCUCACUCCGGACAGUUCUGCAGGCAUGCUUUCGGAUCCUUAGAAGAAGUCGUAUUGGAAGCCAUCAAACAACGUUUCGAGGUGUAUGGUUUGACAGAACAUGUACCCCGCUACAGGCCAGAGGAUCUGUAUCCAGAGGAGAGGGAACUGUCUCUUGAUGGCCUGUCGAAGCAGUUCCUGAGUUUUCUUAACGAAGCUCAUCGAUUGAAGGAGGUUUACGCCUCCCAGAUCACCUUAUUGGUUGGACUCGAGACAGAGUACAUUACCGAUGAUGACCUCAGUCAUCUUCAAAAGCUCCUGAAGGAUAAUGAGAGGCGCAUCGAUUAUAUCGUUGGAUCCGUCCAUCAUGUCAGCACUAUUCCCAUCGACUUUGAUCGUGUCACAUAUGAAAAGGCUUUGGCCAACUUUUCGAAUGAAGAGGGCGUUUAUAUUCUCGGAAACGAUCAAAUGGAACGCUUUCUAUCUGCAUACUUCGAUGCACAGCAUCAAUUGAUACGGCAGUUUCAGCCAGAGAUCAUUGGCCAUCUCGAUUUGUGCAGGCUCUACACCCCUUCCCUCGAUCUCAAGCAGUACCCCAUCGCCUGGGGCAAGCUAAUCAGGAACAUCGAGGAAGCUACGCGGUACGGCGCACUUUUUGAAAUCAAUGCUGCCGCGUUCAAGAAGGAGGGGUGGACUUCGCCAUACCCUGGGAAAGAUGUAGUAGGGCUUAUUCAGGAGAAAACUGGUCGGUUUGCUUUGUCUGAUGACAGUCACGGACCGCGGACUGUCGGACAGUAUUAUUUGGAUGUGGCGGACUAUCUGGUUCAUGUAGGAAUUACUGAACUUUGGUAUUUGGACUGUUCAUCAAAGCCAAAUCACAAUGGGAGGUACAUAUCUCCCAGGCGAAUUGAAGGCGAUUGGCGGCUCCAUACUUUCUGGAAACAUAGGGAAGGUGAAAGGCGCAAAAUCGUCUCUUAAUAAAUACGAGAUGUUUUUGGCGAUGGAAGUACGUUUUGCGGCGGCUUGAAGUACUUCGAUAUUAUCUUUGAUGUCUUCUGCCCCAAGAUGCACUCCAGCCAAAGCCAGCGAUUUGUCAUUUUCUGAUUGACUAUGCUUUGUUUUAUGGGUGCUGCUACGUUUCUGUCUGGCAUUAAAUCAUCAUCCGUAACGCGCAUUCCAGACUGCAGGUCGCUUGACAGAACAUGCCUGAAUGGGAGG